GCAAGAAGUAAAUACGGCAGCGCAUCAAGUAACCCUCGGUGAGUUAAAAACAGACAUUUGUCUUCAAACCAAUGAAAACUAGUCCUCUAUACUGGUUUCACUGGUCCAACGCAGUCAAAUAGAGACAGCAGCGCGGAGAGGAAGAACCAUAUAUGGACUGAGGUUACUUUAAGCAACCAUGUCCGUCUUCAUCCACAACCGGGGCGAGGCGGGCGGCGGGGUGGCCGCCCACCUUCGGUGCCCCCACUGCAGCCACCUGUCCAAGAGCCACGCCCAGCAGCUGGCCCAUCUGGCGGCGUCACACCCCACGUGUCUGGAUGACGUGGCCGUGGGUCGCCUUGGCAACAUCCUGAUGUACCAGAGCAGUGCUAGGCUCUUCCACUGCUCCAAGUGCUUCCACACCUGCAAGGACUUCAGCAAGCUGUACAAACACAUCAUUGCCCGGCACUGCAUGGAGGAGAAGGAGGAAGAGGGAGGAAGAGGAGGGGAGGAGGAGGACAGACAGGAAGCAGAGGAGGUGGAAGGAGGGAAGGAUGAAGAAAAGCUGGAGGGUCAGAAAAGAAAGAGGAGCAGUGAUGAAGAGGAGGAGGACAGCCCAGAAAAUAAAAAGAAAUGUGAGGAUGAAGAUGGAGAGAAAGCAACUGCUGAAAGGAAGCAGGGUGAGAAAGAGGAGGCAAAGAUGAAGAGUGAGGAAGAAGAGGAGAUAAAGAAGAACGAGGAGGAGGAGGGGAAGAGGAAGAGUGAGGAAGAGGAGCAGCGUGAGGGGAAGGCCGGUGAGGAAGAGAAGCAGUACGUUCUGACGUUCGACGGCGUUCUGUUCCACUGUAAGAUCUGCGGCUGGAGCCACAGGCAGCGCUCCGUCUCCGUCAGCCACAUCGUUCGCAAACACGAGAUCCCCAAGAGCUACGCCAGCCACGCCCUGGCCAAGAGCCGGCAGCUGCAGACGGGCCGGGCCGAGGAGGAGGACGGCGCCGGGAUGAGCGAGGAGCUGAUGAAGGAGGAGAUGGAGGUGGCGGCGCGGUGGGUGGGCUCCGUCUCCCACCGCUUCGUCUGCCUCGUCUGCAACUGGAAGAGCAAACUGAAAGGCUUCGUUCUGACCCACAUAGAGCGCCACCAUGAGGUGGAGCGGCCGUACCGCUGCAGCUCCUGCCCCCAGAGCUUCUUCCUGCCCAGCCGGCUGCAGCAGCACGCCCGCACCGCCCACCGGCCCGGCCGCUACGCCUGCCCCUUCUGCUGGUUCCGCUCCGAGGUCCUGGGAGGCUUCAGGAGGCACUGCAGCCGCUGCAGCGCCCGAGAGGAGGAGGAGCUGCCGGGCGAGGAGGAGGAAGAGGAGGAGACGAAGGAACCGGAACCGGAGGAGAGUAAGGAGACCAGAGGGAUGAGGAGGCGAAGGAGCCUGGGGAGGAAGAUGGAGGAGGAAGGGCUGGUGGAGGAAGAGCUGGAGGAGGACUAAGACUAAAUAAACUAGAAAAACUCUGUCUGAGUGAUGUGAGCCGAAUGUUUUUGGUGAAAAAUGUAGAAGCAUUUGAAGUCAACUGUAGAAGAAAUAAACAGAAGCAGCAGAAUAAAAUAAAAUCCUUCAAAACGCCUAAAGAAAAA